AAGCAGUUUUUUUUUAUUUUGGCUGAUUGCGGAUCUGUUGGAUUUUUCAUGCUAACGCCUCCUCCCUUCAAUUGUACAGCUCCUGUUGCUUCUAAAGAGAACAACCUUUAUGCAGAUUGCCGCCUGUUCCUUUUGCAUCAGUUCCAGAGAGGGGAGCCACUGUCAUUUCUCCAGCCAAGGCCUGUUGGCGUUCUGGUGAGAAAGUAAAGUGAACAUCUGCAUUUUUCAGCCCUGCCGUUUGGGAGCCAUGGCUGCCGAGAGCAUCAUCCAGAAGCUUCAGUCGGAAGCCACUUGCUUCAUUUGCUCAGAGUAUUUCAUAGAUCCUAUCACUCUAGACUGUGGGCACAACUUCUGCCAUGCCUGCGUUCUGAAGCAUUGGGGGAAGAGUCUCGAUGUGACCGCCUGUCCUCGCUGCAGAAAUGAAGUUGCUCGGGUGAGCUUCAAGCCAAACGGGCAGCUGGCCCACGUUGCUGGGUUAAUCAGGCAGUUGAGUGAGCAGGCAAGACAAGGGUCUGGAAGGGUGAAAGACUGUGAGGAACAUCAGGAGGUCCAGAGAUCUUUCUGCAAGGAUGAUAAAGCCCUCUUCUGCUCGGGAUGUGAUGAAUCCAAAGAGCACCAGGCUCACAGUGUUGUUCCUGUGGAUGAAGUUGCUCAAGAGUACAAGGAUCGCCUUGUUAGGUGCAUUGAGGUUCUAAAGGAGGAAAAAGACAAGAUUGUGGUGCAGCAGUUGGAUACUGAAAAGCAAUAUCAAGACCAUCUUCAGCUGACAGAAAAGGAGAGGCAAAACAUGGCAACUGCCUUCAAGGAGCUGACCCGGUUUAUGGGUGAGCAGUGGGACUAUGUGGUGGCCAGGAUGGAAGAGGUAGAUGACAACAUCAUGUUGAAGAGGGACAAGCACAUGGCCCGACUCUCCAAGGAACUUAACUGUCUUAAGGCUGCCAUUGAGGAGUUGGAGGCAAAGAGCCAGCAACCAGUGCUUCAAUUUCUGCAGGAUGUUGGGAGUAUCUUGGAGAAGUGUGAGAAGCAGAAGUUUCCCUGUACAGCAGCUUUUCCAACAGAGGCGAAACUGGAAAUUUGGAAAUUGUGUCAUUUUAAUGCCUGGCUGUUGGGUACCAUAAAGCAAUUUGAAGACACUAUGGAAUCAGGAUAUCAAGAGCAGGAAGAAAAUGUGACUGGUGAUUCAGACACAGAUCAGCCCAAACGUUUGAAACUGGAAGUGAAACCUCAAGAUCCGAGGGACUCAAUUGGACACAGUUUCUACCAAUCAGAAAUGCUGGAGCCACCCCCUCGCACAGGACAGCGGCAGGGAGAACAUGUUUUGAUCUUUCCAGGAGAUUCUAAAGACACGGAACAGGAAUGCCACUGCUUGCUUGGUGCUGGAAACACCUUAAAGAGGUUUGUGACAAAGGGGAUAUUGGAGUCUUCAGGGGCUUUCCCACCUGCCCAAAAAUGGGAACUCUGGCAACUGUGUGACUCAAAUGCCAUUCUGGAGAAUGUCAUGGGACAAUGUAAAGACAUCAUGAAUUCUGGACAUCUGCUGAAAAAAGAAAAAGUGACUUUGGAUCCAGACAUGUCUCAUCCCAAACUCAUCCUGUCUAAGGAUUGUAAAAGCUUGACACUGGGAGACAUGCCCCAAGAUUUGAUCAAUGAUCACAAAAGAUUUGACCAGUGUCUCUUUGUGCUGGGAUGUGAGGAAUUCGCCAGUGGCAGACAUUGCUGGGACGUUGUUGUCGGACACGAGGAUGGAUGGGGGGUGGAAGUUGCCAGGAAAUCUGUGAGGAGGAAGGGCAUUGUCUCCUUAAGACCUGCUGAAGGGAUCUGGGCUAUAGCAAAGUGGGGAGAUCACCUUGCGGUUCUCAGCCCCCCUCAUUUUCCUUCUCAGCCCAUGAGGUGGGUGCUGAAGCGGGUCCGAGUGUCUCUGAAUUAUAGUGGGGGUCGGCUGGCCUUCUUUGAUGCUGAUGGAGGGAACCUGCUCUACGCAUUCUCAGGACUCUCGUUCUUAGGAGAGCUGUGACGCCCUUCCCUGGCU